CUUUAGCGCCUCGUUAAUCACUUGGGUGCCUUAUAUUAUCUCUGUUAUAACUUCUGAAAACUGAAAGCGGUCUCCGCUUUCGCAGGGAUAUUGACAACGUUGCCUGGUUCUCUCUUCUUUUGCAUUCGAGCAAAACCCCAAGACAACGACUCCUCGCUGACAUCGCUAUAGGAACUCUGAAGUUCCCUAACUUGGACACAGACGCCUCGGAGGAAAGACAGCAAGCGGCAUUAUCAAAAAUGAAACUGGAAGUCUUCUCCGCCAGCCACUUUGUGGAGAAGCGGCUAGACGUGUGCAGUGACGCCGAAGGCAGUGUCUUAUCGCCCCUUUCGGGAGAGGAAGAGUUGGGCUCGGAUGGGGAUUGUGUGGCUAAUAGUCCCGCACCUGCCAUCGCCAGCGCUGACGGAAAGGGCAAGCCCUACACCCGGAGACCCAAACCGCCUUACUCCUACAUCGCCUUGAUCGCUAUGGCAAUUCGCGAUUCUACAACGGGGCGCCUCACUCUUGCGGAGAUCAACGACUACCUGAUGAAGAAAUUCCCGUUUUUCAAGGGCAGCUACACGGGCUGGCGGAACUCGGUCCGUCACAACCUGUCACUGAACGACUGCUUUCUGAAAGUGCUGCGCGACCCCUCCAGACCGUGGGGGAAGGACAAUUACUGGAUGCUGAACCCUCACAGUGAGUACACCUUUGCCGACGGGGUGUUCCGGCGCAGGAGGAAGCGGAUCAAUAAAAAAUCCACCAAGGACCAAGAGCCGCUGGAGUCCCCUGUCGCCGAGGACGCGUCACCCUGCUUCAGCAGCCCCUCGUCAAAAGACGAGAGCGCCGGAACCAAGUUCUCCAGCUCUUUCGCCAUCGACAGCAUCCUCAGUAAACCGUUCAAGAGAAAGGGUGGCUCGCCCGAGGUAGACGGUAGUCCCGCUGACAGGGCGAUGUGGCCCUGCAGCAAUCCGAUGAUGCCUUACGCAGUGAGCUACCCGCCCGCCGCCGUCUCCCACCUGCAGCCGAUGUUCCAGGUCAGUUCCGGUGGCGCGCACAUGCUGCAGUCGUACGGGCGCGGCUACUCUGAGCCAAUCCUGGGCUUGGAGCACAGACGGGACUUUCUCGCCACCUUUCCAUUGACUUCAGAAGGUUCCCCGCAUUCCGAGUCGUUCUCCCCGUCUCAAAUGGCCGCCCGGAGAAUGGGCAGCUAUCACCCAUUCAAAAUAGACUCUUUGCUUUCCUAAAUGCAGAAGAAGAAGAAGAAGAAGAUAUCCCGGGGAGAUAUUCUACUCUGAGCACUUUUCAUGCACUGUAUAUUUUUUAUUUAGACACAGAAUGCAUUUUAGUGCAUUAAUACGAAUCUGACGCUAUAGGCAGAUAACAUAGCCUAUGUGUCGUUGCUAUUACUAAUGACAAAACUUUCUCUGGUAAACGCAUAAUAAGGAAGAAGUAAAUAUUAGGGAAAAUAUUGUAAGUUAUUUCAUUCCUUGUGUCAGUUGGUUCGUAGGUCAUUUCUGUUGCAAACGAUGGCAUCCGUGUGCCAAAAUGUAUAAACACUCUUACUCUAUUUAUGUUUUGUAAAUUGUUGCCUUCAGGAAAAAAAGUUUGUUUUAUGACUGACUGCAAGAUGUCAUGGUUAAAGUAAUGUUUGAUAUUGUGACAAUGCUCGAAUCGGGCUGUACCCACAAUCGCAUACAGAUCCGUUUCGGAAAGGGCGGUUGCCUAUGUAAAACAGGGAAGUGUUGUUGUUUCCUUCAAAAAAAUGUGCAUGGGCGUUAUUUUUGAAUAAAAAAAACCUUUAGAAAAUCUGAAAAA